CCCGCCCCGCCCCGGCCCGCGACGGGCGGCGGGUGCGCGCCCGGGGGCGGCGGGAGCGGUGCGGAUGGCCAAGGUGCUGCCGGCGGCGGCGGGGCGCGGAGCCGGAGGCUCCACAUCUGUUUGCUACAAGCCUACCAGCCCAGUGCAAGUACUGGAAGACACUGGCUUUCUUUACCAGGAUCACCAGCUGUUUACUGGCAGGCAUGAAGUUUCUCCCCUAACAGCAGAAGUGAUCAGUGCCAAAGAAAAAGCUGCUGAGGAGGCCCUCUGCACCUUGCACCCACCCAGCUUCUGCAGGGUCCCGGAGGCGGAGAUGCGAGGUGCGGAGGAGGUGGCAGCCGGCACCGUCCUGCAGCGCCUGAUCCAGGAGCGGCUGAGGUAUGGCAACCCCAGCGAGAACAUGAACCUACUGGCCAUACAGCACCAGGCGACGGGCAGCGCCGGACCCUCCAACAGCACUGCCAGCACUCUCUCCUCCGCAGAAAACCUUGUGCCUGAAGAGCCGCCAAUGCUCCAGCCGUCCGGGCGGCAGGAACCACAGGGGCAGGAGCACCAGGGGGACGGUGCUGCGAUGGAGAAGCAGCCCCGGGCCCCGCAGCCCCCACACGGCACCGAGGAGCUCCCCACCUAUGAGGAGGCCAAGGCCCAGUCUCAGUUUUUCCGGGGCCAGGCGCCGCCGGGCACCGCUGCCGCGCCGGGCUUCUACGGCACGUCCGGCCAGAAGUCCAGGACGGAGGGGAGGCCGACGGUGAACCGAGCCAACAGCGGGCAGGCGCACAAGGACGAGGCGCUGAAGGAGCUGAAGCAGGGCCACGUCCGCUCGCUGAGCGAGAGGAUCAUGCAGCUCUCGCUGGAGAGGAACGGCGCCAAGCAGCACCCCCCGGCCCCGGGCGUCGGGAAGGUCUUCAAGGCACCCCCGGCGCCCGGCAAGGCCGCAGAUCCACGGGGCCCGCCUCCUGAGUACCCCUACAAAGGCAAGGUGGCGGCCCCCGGCAGCAAGGCACAGGACCAUGGGCUCUUCUACGGCGAGCAGCCGGCGCAGGAUGUCCUCAAGGCCUCCUAUGCCGCCCCGCAGCCUGCCCGGGCGGAGGCAGCCCUCGUCCGCUACCAGCCACCCCCGGAGUAUGGGGUCAGCAGCCGACAAUGCCAGCCGCCCUUCCCACCGCCACCAGUCCAGCAGCACAGCCCAAUGUCCUCACAGGCCACCGCCGGCCCUGGCCCUCUUCUGCCCGGCGCCAUGUCCCCGCUGCCAGCCCCUGCUGCUGCCCAGCCACUGACACCGACCUUGCCAGGCCAGCAGCUGACCCCCGAUGCCUUCGCCAUCGUGGAGCGGGCACAGCAGAUGGUGGAGAUGCUCUCCGAGGAGAACCACGUGCUGCGGCAGGAGCUGGAGGGGUAUUACGAGAAGGCAGACAAACUGCAGAAGUUUGAAAUCGAGAUUCAGAGGAUUUCAGAAGCUUAUGAGGGCUUGGUCAAGACCACCACUAAGAGGGAGUCUCUGGACAAGGCAAUGAGAAACAAACUUGAAGGAGAAAUUAGGAGACUUCAUGACUUCAACAGGGAUCUCCGUGAGCGAUUGGAGACAGCCAACAGGCAGCUGGCCAGCAGAGACUUCGACGGGCACGAGGAGAAGGCGACAGAGGGCCUUUAUGUCACUCAGAACAAAGAGCACUUGAAGGAGAAGGAGAAGCUGGAGAUGGAGUUGGCAGCUGUGCGCUCUGCCAAUGAGGACCAGCGCAGGCACAUCGAGAUUCUUGACCAGGCCCUGAACAAUGCACAAGCCAAGGUCAUCAAACUGGAAGAGGAGCUGCGCAGGAAGCAGGCCUAUGUGGAGAAGGUGGAGAAGCUGCAGCAGGCCCUGACCCAGCUGCAGGCAGCCUGCGAGAAGAGGGAGCAGAUGGAGCGGCGGCUGCGCACGCGCCUGGAGCGGGAGCUGGACUCGCUGCGCAUGCAGCAGAGGCAGGGCAGCUGCCAGGCGAGCAGCCUCCCAGAGCACAAUGCCCCAGCCCUGAUGGAGCUGGUGCGGGAGAAGGAAGAGAGGAUCCUGGCCCUGGAAGCUGACAUGACCAAGUGGGAGCAGAAGUACCUGGAGGAGAGUACGAUCAGGCACUUUGCCAUGAAUGCUGCAGCCACUGCUGCUACAGAAAGGGACACCUCAGCCCCGAGCCACUCGCGCAACGGCAGCUACGGCGAGAGCGCGCUGGAGGUGCGGAGCUGGCAGGAGGAGGAGGAGAUUGUGCAAGCCAACCGGCGCUGCCAGGACAUGGAGUACACAAUAAAGAAUCUGCAUGCCAAAAUAAUUGAGAAGGAUGCCAUGAUCAAGGUCCUUCAGCAGCGGUCACGGAAGGACCCCGGGAAAGCCGACAGCGCCAGCCUGCGGCCAGCACGGUCUGUUCCCUCCAUCGCUGCUGCUACAGGCGUGCAUUCGCGCCAGACCUCGCUCACCAGCAACCAGAUAGCCGAGGAGAAGAAGGAAGAGAAGAUCUGGAAGGGAAGCAUAGGGCUGCUUCUGGGGAAGGAGCACCACGACCACCCCUCAGGCCACUCGCUGCCUCCUCCGCUGCCCUCCUUGUCCUGCGUGCCUGUCGCGGUGCCGGCAGCCUCCCACGCGAAGACGGGCAGCAAAGACAGCAGCACGCAGACGGACAAAAGCACUGAGCUCUUCUGGCCUGCCGCCGCCUCCUUCCCCGGCCGGGGGCGGCUGGGCACCACCCCGGCACACAGCCCAGCCCCGCGGCCCCCGGCCACGCGAGCGGCCAGCGAGAAACUGGAGAACUCCAGCCAUGGGAAGCUGCCCGACAGCAAAGGCAGAGUGAGCAGUUUGCUCCACAAGCCUGAGUUUCCAGAUACGGACAUGAUGGAAGUCCUCAUCUGAGCAGAGGACAACAUCUCUGGGGUUUCUUGUGUGUACAGCGAGAUCCAACGUGGUCCUUGGUGUGCCAACCUUCAAAAGUAACCCUGAGUGUUUGAAGAAGGAUAGAGAAAGUUUGUGCCUGAAGUGGAGCUUGAGUCUGAUACGUUGAGACUUUGGACCAGGGAAGAAAUCAAGAGCACCGAAGAGGAGCGAAGAAAUGAACGUCUGGGAUUUUCUUAGCAGAAAGGGGCUUUGAAAAUGGAAAGUGGUGUGAGAAGGGGAUCUUUGAGGGAAAAGGAAACUGCAUUUUCUGGUGUAAAGAGAAGGUAGUGAAAUUACAGACUUGAGUGCACACUGCUGCUCUGUUUUCCUGCCUCUGCAGCUGGGACGGGGAGCGAAAUCCUGCUUCUUCUGAGGCCAGAGGGAGUUCUCAAUAAUCCAGGAGAAACUUGCAUCUUCCUCAGUAUCAGUUCCUUUCUCAGAAGUAUUCACUGCUUAAUAAUUGGUCUGUAUGUAUACACAGCAAGUUCUUGUAAGUAUUUGUUUGAAGUGGUGUGGUGUGGUUUUCCUGGGCAGGCAGGUCAGGUGCCUCUUUCCUGGCUGGGCAAGUGUUGCUCUUGGAGCUGGAUUUACAGUGCAAAUAUUCGUGUCUUGCAAUCUCAGAGCUUGCUGAGACUUCUUUUUUUGGUAGGAGCAGUUGUUGGCUGGAAUUCCCAUGGAGAAUGAAAGUAGGAGUGGGGGAGGAGGACCCUGUUGAUGCAAACCCUUCUGUAACUACGAGAAGGUUUCAGAGGAAAAGUUGGGGAAGGAUCCCCGCGGCUCCUCGAAGAGCUGUGCACCACAGAGCUCAUUCAGAUGGGGGUUGGGUAGGUGCUUUUUCAGAGAGGUUAGGCUGGGUUUGUAUGUGAGGUCAGAAGAUGCCUCUCACCAUGCACUGGUUCAUAGCAGUGUGUUUGUGGUGAGAACAGGAUUUCCCCUUGUUUUCAAUGCCUACAGCCAUAUCCUACCUUCCUUGAGCAUACAAAUCUGCUGUUCAAGUUGACGUGGGACCGGGCAUUAAGGGGUGUAGGAUCAGGCCGGGAAGGCUUUAGUUGCAAAGCAGUAGCUGAGCAUCAUCUGUUUUCCAUGCUGCAGUUCCUUUUCAUCUUGGUUUACCCAGGGUGGGACAUGUCUCAUUUUCAGCUUAGUUCUUGUUUUCUUUAAGGGGUGGCAACUGUCUGUGAGGCAGCCAACCCACCAGCUGCAUUGCACGUGCCGGUAGGGAAAUCUUCCUCCCUGAGGCCUUUUUGUGUUGACUUGCGGUUCCUGAACCUCGUGGUGCACCAUAACGAUGUUAAGAACUUGGCUCUGAGACAAAGGGUGAUGGGAUUUGAUGUGAGGCCACCUAGAGUGGAGAAGUAAUGGGUGCUGGAAGUAGUUGUCUGCUCAGGGCUGCCUCUUCCUGCAGGUAUCAAAUUGGAGCCAUUGAUUGUGAAGAACCGGGCACUUUAAACUCCACUGCUGCUGAAAACUGAAGUCCUUGCAACCUCAAAGCCUUCAGAGGCCAGAGCCUUGCACUCAGUACUGCCUGGCUGAUACCUAUUUUUUUGUUUGUUUCCUUUUUGAACCCCAAAUGGCUGUGUUCAAUCUAUGCACUUACUUUUGUGUGUCCAUAGAAUUAGACCUACGUCGGUGUCGUCCUCUUCCUGACUUUUGCACUUGUUGAAGUACUGGUAGGUAGGUUGUGCAGGCGAGCGCCCCUGUGUUUCAAGUAGUAGCAGCUUUGUAUUGUGGAACCAAAUGUGUAAAAUCCUUGGGAAAUGUUAAGCAGCUUUAAUAUAUGCCUUGUAAAAUAACUUCAUUUCUCUUUCUCUGGGGUUAAUUUAAAUGUGGUGUUUGUACCAAAGCUGGGGCUGGGCCUGGG